AUGGGCUCGACUACUGACCACCGUCAAAUCCGUCUCGUCCGCUUGGCCCAUGUCUAUUACACCCACAAAGACAUGACCAAAGCCUCCCAGUUUCUGAAUAAUUUUGGUUUCCAAGAAGUUACAACCAUUAACAAGGACAAGAAAACGAUUUACUACCGCGGAACUGGCCCCGAGCCAUUCGUCUACUGUGCACGAGAAGGCGAUUUCAAUGAAUUUGGCGGUGCCGCUUUUGUCGUGGAGACCCGCGAAGAUCUUGAGUAUGCAUCACAGAGUCUACCGGGAGCUAGUAAAGUGUAUGAGCUUGCGGAGGCUCCGGGUGGGGGUUUGUGCGUGACUUUCAGGGAUCCUGUCGAUGGGUUUCCUUUCCAUUUGGUCUAUGGACAGAGUCUUGCGAAUAAGACGAGAACUUUGCCGCAUCUCAAGUAUAAUUAUCCCACAGAGAAGCACCGAUCGACCAAUAGCUCGCAGAGGUUCCAGCCGGGCCCAGCAGCAGUGCACAAGCUUGGCCAUUUCGGAAUGUGCGUGACGGACUUUGCAAAAGCGUACGCAUUUUAUACUACGAGAUUCAACUUCAAGGCCAGUGAUCUCAUCCAUGACGAAGCCGGCAAAGAUAUCACCGUUUUCUUCCAUCUAGACCGGGGCAGUGAGUUGGUGGAUCAUCAUUGUUUCUUCAUGUUUGAAGGGCCUAAAUCGCAUGUCCAUCAUUCAUCCUUCGAGACGCAUGACUUUGAUACCCAGCUGUUGGGACACCAUUGGCUCCGGCAAAGAGGGUAUAAGAAUUGCUGGGGUGUUGGCCGGCAUAUUAUGGGCAGUCAAAUUUUCGAUUAUUGGUUCGAUCCAUCGGGAUUCAUUGUUGAGCAUUACAUCGAUGGAGACUUGCUUGACGAGACUCAACCGACGAAUCGCUCGUUGGCCUCGCCUAAUAACCUGCACAUCUGGGGCCCAGAUUUACCGGAGGGAUUCCUGGAGUAA